AUGAGACCAAGGAGAAAAGACGUAAUCGGCAGCCUUGAGAACAGUUUUACAAAAGUGUCGAUUGAUGAUGUUGCAGAUGGGCCUCGGUUCGCUCUCAGGAAAGACUAUAAAGAAUCCUUUGCUAUCGCCCAUAUUCCAUCUCCAAGGGCCUGCGUGUCGUCAGUUUUAAUGAAAUUGAAGCGUUCGUUGAAGUUUUGGGAUUUUCGGAUUUGUGAGGAUGACGAAUGGUACAAUGAUGCGAAUCUAUCUUUACGCAAUCAAGGAUGGCUGCGGCACAUGGCAUUCGAAACCACAUGA